GUGAGUGACCCCCGUAUCCCUCGUCCAAGAUGGCUGCGUCCAUGGCGCGGCGCUUGUGGCCUCUGGUGGCGGUGCGGAGGGUCCGGCCCCAAAGAAAUUGGAGCUGCAGCCCGAGUCGCGGGAGAAGCUUCGGCACGGAGAGACGAGACCGGAACCUUCUGUACGAGCAUGCGCGCGAAGGCUACAGCGCGCUCCCGCAACUGGACAUGGAGCCGCUGUGCGCGUGCCCCGAAGAGGCCGCGCGCGCGCUGGAGCACCGCAAGGGGGCGCUGCAGCCUGAGGACUUGCACGGCAUCGUCUCCACCUGGCAGGCGUUGAGGGAGCUGAGGGAGCAGAUCCAGAGGUUGGAGGAAGAGAAGAACGCAGUGGCAGAGGCCGUGCGGGCCCUGAUGGUGGACCAGGACAAGAGUCAAGCGCAGCAGGACCCCCAGUAUCAGAGUCUUCGAGCCCAGGGCCGGGAGAUCCGGAAGCAGCUUCUGCUCCUGUACCCCAAGGAGGCGCAAUUGGAGGAGCACUUCUACCUGCGGGCACUGAAGCUGCCCAACCAGACCCACCCUGAUGUGCCCGUCGGGGACGAGAGCCAGGCCCGCGUGCUCCAUGUGGUGGGAGAGAAGCCAGCUUUCUCCUUCCAACCCCGAGGCCACCUGGAAAUCGGGGAGAAGCUCGACAUCAUCCGUCAGAAACGCCUGUCGCACGUGUCCGGCCACCGCUCCUACUACCUGCGUGGGGCUGGCGCCCUCCUGCAGCACGGCCUGGUCAACUUCACACUCAACAAGCUCGUCCACCGGGGCUUCAUCCCCAUGACCGUACCCGACCUUCUCCGAGGAGCUGUGUUUGAGGGCUGUGGGAUGACCCCCAAUGCCACCCCCUCCCAAAUCUACAAUAUCGACCCCUCCCGCUUUGAAGAUCUCAACCUGGCUGGGACGGCAGAGGUGGGCCUCGCAGGCUACUUCAUGGACCACUCUGUAGCCUUCCGGGACCUGCCAGUCAGGAUGGUUUGUUCCAGCACCUGCUACCGGGCUGAGACGCACACGGGGAAGGAGCCGUGGGGGCUAUACCGUGUCCACCACUUCACCAAGGUGGAAAUGUUCGGGGUGACAGGCCCAGGGCUGGAGCAGAGCUCUGCACUGCUGGAGGAGUUCCUGUCCCUGCAGAUGGAGAUUCUGACUGAACUGGGCCUGCACUUCCGGGUCCUGGACAUGCCCACGCAGGAGCUGGGCCUCCCGGCCUACCGCAAGUACGACCUGGAGGCCUGGAUGCCGGGCCGCGGGAGCUUUGGGGAGGUCACCAGCGCGUCCAACUGCACAGACUUCCAGAGCCGGCGCCUGCACAUCAUGUUCCAGACGGAAGCCGGGGAGCUGAACUUCGCCCACACGGUGAACGCCACGGCCUGCGCUGUGCCCCGCCUCAUCAUCGCCCUCCUGGAGAGCAACCAGCAGCAAGACGGCUCUGUGCUGGUGCCCUCUGUGCUGCAGCCCUACGUGGGCACCGAGCGGAUCACGGCCCCCACCCAUGUGCCUCUGCGCUAUAUCGGCCCCAACCAGCCACAGAAGCCCAGGCGCUGAGCCAGGAACUGUUGGUGGCCUGUUGCUGCUGGCUGGAGCUCUUGAUCCUCCACCCCCCCAGAGCCCGUCCUUGCCACACUGUGCCAGCUCCAUGCCCAGCUACACCCUCUUCUGCCUCCUGGUGCAGGGUUGCGGGCGCAGGAGUUUCUCUCUACCCUGGACAAUGGACUUUUGGAGUCUUGAGGAUUCUGGGGGUGUGGGGGGAGGAAGAGGGAGGAGGCGUCGUCUCUCUUCCUCCGUUCUCAGUGCUGGAGGGACCAGAGUGACAGUGUGGGGUAAGGCCCAGUCGAUUGGGUCUCCAACACCCCGUGUCCCCAGAGUCCCACACCAGGUGUGACCCUCAUUCAGUACAGAGUUGGGAGUAGCCCCUGAUCACCGGAGAGUGUGGUUCAAAUCCCCCACCCCCAAAAGAACAAAGAACCACUG